AUGAUUUUUGCUAAAUCUAACGUGUUUUUUCUCAUAUGCUCUGUCAUUUUCUUGUGCAUCAUUGCUGUAGAUUCUGAUGAAAGCUCUAAUGUCCUUAUGCAAUUAUACACUGGUGACCGCCCGUGGAAAAAUGACAAUUACGUUCCUUUAUCAGUGAUAAUUGAUAUAAAAAAUAACAACAAAGGCACUGAAGCAUAUCUGGUCAUUCCAAUGUCCUUUAAAUACGUAAAAACUUUGGAUGCACCCAAACAUUUUACAUCGCUCCAAAAACCCAAUUCUGCUGCAACUAAAGGUAAAUGGAUGUGUAAUGCUGUUUUGGGAUCGCCAGAUGCUUUAUCUGUAGCCAACAUGUUACUUAAAAGUGGAGAUGAAGUUGACGAGGAUGAUGAUGAUGAGGAGGAGGAGGAGGAGGAGGAUGAAGGUUGCUCUGCCGAGGAAAUAAUUACAAGUUUGAAGAAAUUAUCAGUUACUCAAAGAAGUAGAGUAGGAAUAAAGUUGAAGGAAGAUCUAGAGGCGCCAAUUGAAGAGGAUAAACUAAAAAUGUUUUCCAAGGAUCAGCUUGUGAAAAUUGAUUUACCAAAAGAACAUGGAGUGAUUAAAAGUGGCAAAUAUAUCUGGAAUAUUUUACUCUCCCAUGCUAGCAUCAAUAGUGAUGAUUAUGAAAGUAGUGAAAGAUUAAACUGGUAUUUUGUAAUAGCAAUGGAAGGUGAUGCAGAAAUUCCUAAAUAUAUAAACGAAACAUCACUAUUGAGUUACAGGCACUUGUCACAGGCGUUGAAAUUGCAAAAAAUGAAAAUAAUUUCGGAUUUUAGAAUUAAUUUGGAAAAGACUAAAACUUUAAAUGCGGAUCUCGUCCCCAAUUUACCUGCCUCCAUAACCACUAGUAGCAAAGAUAUAACAAUCAAGUUUAAGGCUCCUGCGCAUAUUUACAAGUCCAAUAGAAUUUCUUUAAGGAUUUUUUAUCCUAAAGAAACAAAAUUGUGUAAAAAACUCGAAUUGACAGCAUCUGCUGGUAAAAUUAAUAUUGGCAAAUGUGACUGUUCGAGUGAUUGUAAAGGUGCCGUUAUAUUGUCCAAUUUCGAUGAGGAAUGGAUUAAGGACAUCGAAUAUACACUGAUUAUUAGGGAUACAGAUGUUGAUGGUGGUGAUAAUGUAGAAAUCACGAUGAUAGAAAACGAUCCGUAUGACGAACUUGAAAAAAUUAGUGGCAUUGUUUCUGGGUCAUGUAAGACCUUAUUUCAGCAUUCCUAUAUUAAAUACAUGCCCUUUAUUAUAUCUCGUGCUUUAUUGACCAUUCCACAAAAAUCUAUCAAGGCCAAAUUCUAUAUACACCAACACGCCUAUAACACCUCUUACCUCUACGGCAUACUAGACUUACCAAAGAUCAAUAUAAAAGGCGGUUAUAAAAUGAUAAUUGAGACCGAGGAUGGUUCAAAUAAAUCAAAUUUGCAGUUUAUUGAUAAUGCGUCAUCUAAACUCGUUUCAAAUCCUAAAUUGCCAAAAAGUCAUACUGUUGACUCUACCAAAAACAAAUUGGAAAUUAGCAUAUUGAAUAAUGAUUCCAAUAAAUACACAUCAAUACCUUUACUCUUAAAAUAUACAACAAAUGAUAUUAAAACUAAUUUGAAAUUAUCAAUAAAUAGUGUGGAUGAUAAUACUAAUAUGGUCGGCUCUGUAGAGAUUGUAAAUACAGAAUUUGAUAAUGCUAUGUUGCAAAUACAUGGUCCAAGAUUUAUGGAUAAAAACACGAUCAUUUACACCUUUAGCAACGUAAAGAAGGGGGAUUAUUUUAUACAAAUUGAAUCUACCAGUAACCUCAUUGAUAAGUGUGGUGAACUAAACGUAUCACAUGAGACUAUCGUAAAAACUGAAUGCUCAGAUAAAUCACUAAAAAUAAAUCUAUCUCUCCCACAUGAGCAGCAGAGGAUUGAUUUUAAGGUGGGUAUCAAGCAAUAUAAACCCACGGACGAACUGAAAUUCACCCUUGGAAAUGGUGUCAAGAACCUAUCGUAUAAUAUUAAUCUACAGGAAUUGUUUGAAAAUGUUGAAUUGGAUGAUGCAAUAUGCAUAUUUUCACAAAAAUCCGCUAUAUCAGACUCUACAAUGGUUAGUUCCUUUCAGAUGUUAAAAUGCGCAACUCCUUGGAUGCCCUCGGAGUACCACAAACAUACCCCAAACCUGUAUCUAUUAGAUGAUAUGAACAAAUUGGUUAGGGGUGAUCGACACAUUUUUAGAUACAAUACUGAUCCGUUGAGCAAUGAUGUGCUGCCGAAAUUGAUGCCGAUGACAUUAUAUAUAUUGGCAAAUACCACAGACAUAAAAAUGACAGAUGGGUUGUCCAAGGUAUUUAGAUGUAAAGUCACUAAGCUUAAAGAGAAUGUUGAAGAUCAAAUCAUACAGAUAUACAAUGAAAACAGUGCGAAUGGCGAUAAGGAAAAAAUUGCUAUUGCCAUAAUUACCACCAACAAUACUAUAGUAGACCAUAUCAAAAAGCUACCUAAAACGAGUGAGCAAACCAAGCACCUAUUCGUUCCUCUGUUUUUAAUCAAUUCAAAUGCAGUUGACCACAUUUCAUUACAACACAAAUCACCUUCGCCAAAUUACUUGGAUCCGAAACGAAUAACGCCCUUGUACCAAAACGAUCCAACGAAAGCUACUAAUGUGGUAUCUGCGAAAAUCGGAGAUAGUUCUUUGCAUUUUGGAGUUACUCACACUGAAAGUAUUGACGCAGCAAUGGCCUCUGUAGAAGAACUGAUGUAUAGUACCGUAAUACCUGCGUGGACAAGCUACUUAAGUUGUGUCAACACUUCCACAGUGAAUGUUCAAUAUAUGGAUAAAAAUUUGUUUAGCGUGACGGGAAAGUACAGCAGAAAACAUUGCGACUACUUAACUCUAUUAUCUAGUGUUAUCUAA